AUGCCCCCGCGUCAACGUGUUCCAGCGGGGUCGCGAACCGACCUCCCGCCAUUGAAAAUAAUCCGCAAGAUCCUCUUACUCCAGGUUGCCUAUUAUGUUUGCGCGAUUAUACUCAUCCUAUUCACGACGGUCGUAUAUGGUUCCCCGUUCUCACUCGAUCUCGUAUUUGGCUGGGACUAUUUGAGAGGAGAUACGACUGUCGGUUGGAUGCUUGGUCUGGUUUGGUUGUUGAAUUGCUUUAUUAGCGUAAUCUUUCUUCUUCUUUUUGUGUCGCGCUCCAAGCUGGUCCCGGACUUUGCUCUCACAAUCCACUUCCUACACCUCAUAAUUACAAUCCUUUAUACCCACUCCCUCCCAGCCAACCUCCUCUGGUGGAGUCUUCAGUUCACAAGCGCUGGCAUGAUGACCUUUGGUGGAAUGUGGGCUUGCCAGCACCGGGAACUAAAGCCGAUAAGCUUCGGCGGCUGGGGAAACAAUACAGCAGCCUCCUCAUCCCAACAACCCGCCGCAGAUGGACAGCAAGAGUCUAGUUUCGGUCGUGGCCGAGGCCGAGAGCGCAGUCUGCAGAGCGUUGCAGAAUAUGAAAUGGAUGAUAUGAAAGCAACUGGUGACCACGCUGUGUAA